AUGGCUAUAUAUAAUACCUCCCUGUCGAGCCUGCAAAAAAGGCAAGAGGUUAUUCUUCCAACAUACCAAUUGGAUUCGAACUUAGUAUUACUUCCAGGCAUUAUCUAUAAUGUAACUUUCUCCAGAUUUAAAGCCGCUGCCUUACUCUCCAGGUAUAAGGAAAGAGCCAGCGGUAUUAAGAUAUUGAGAGACUUGGUAAACGAGUAUGAAUUUAAUGAGGAAAGCAAGACAGCUUUGCCCUCCACUAUUUCACUGGAUGCGAUACAAGGUAUUGAAACCUUCCACGCGAUACAGUUUAAUAACAAGAGUAAAACAUCCCUGUUAUCUAAUGAGGAUCAUAAUCUGAGUGAUUUCGAUUGGUUAGUCAUUGCUAUCGAGCCGAAUACCGAUAAAAUAAAGUAUCCGGAUGCUGAUGGAACGCACUCUAGCAAUGGAGUGUUAACCAUAUCGAGGAUUAUAGGUAUUGUGGAUGAAACAAGUAAUGUUAGAUUAACGAUUCAAGCUUUAAUCAGAGGCUCAAAAGUUGAAGGAUUCAAUUCUGGUAGGACUAAUGAGAAAUUAAUUGAAGUUGAUCGCAACUAUGAUGUACCAAGUCUUGACUCCAGGCUCUUGAAAUAUAUAGAUAGUGCAGACGGAUUGUUUCAGAGUAUUGAUGAAUUUAUGUUAGAGUACCGGAAAGCAUUGGCUACUGCUACCACAGCACAGUCUAAGAAUGAAGGAAGAAACACAAACUUGUUAUGUUUGAAUCCUCUAGCCAAUGCUUUAUUUUUGCAGCUAGGAGGCUCCAAGGAUUUCAGCAAAGCCUAUACACGUUUGCAGAAACUAUACGGUACACUAAAGUCAAAUAAAACUUCAAUAGAAAGUAAAUCAGGCUUAAGGUUGCUUGAUUUGACGUGUGCAAUUAUUCCCUUCCCGAAUCACGAUAAGUUGAACUUUUUAAACAUUUUUUCUCCCAAAAGGAGAUUUAGUGAAUUGGGCCGCAUGAAUGAACGUUUGAAAGAAGUAUUUGAAAAUUUAAAAGCAGACAGUUGCUAUAUGAAUCAUUGGUUCUAUAGUGAGGCCUCAAAUAUUCAAAGAGCAAAGGUGGUUGCGAACCAGUUAAAAUCCAUAAGACUCGUUUUAGAGGGUAUAAGUAACGAUAGAAAUUCCAAAAAUGUCUCCCAAAACAGAAACAAGCUAAUACGUCGACCAAAUUCGAUUCCCCUGGGAGCUCGAUCGAACGAGGAGUUUGAUGAAGAUGGAGACAAUGAAAAUGAUGAAGACGAUGAAUUAAGGUUAAUCGCCAACUUUGUUAACAAUAAGUUGCCACAUAUCUCAACAUUGCUGUCAGAUACUAAAAGAUUAAUAGCUAAAGAUUUCAAAAGAAUCAAAACUUCUCCCCCUGGAAACUCAGACUAUCACGUUAUUCGUAAUUAUUUAGAAAUUGUUGCUGACAUCCCCUGGGAUAAGUAUGUCUCUAGAUUUCGUUCUAACAAAGAUAUCGAUAUCGUUCUGGCCAAAAAGCAGCUAGAUGAUGAUCAUUAUGGCUUAGAAAAUGUGAAGAAAAGAUUGAUUCAGUAUUUGGUAGUUUUAAAGUUACUAGGAAUGAGCGCAGAGGAAAGAAUCGAAGAGAAAUCCGAGCUACAGAAAGAUGAUGCUCAAAAAUUGGAGAAUAAACCACAUGAGGAUUCGAUAGUUAUUCCAGACAAUGAUGAAACGAUAGAUUCGAAAGAGGCAGCCCGAAACAAAUACAGCACAGCUAAAUCGGCCAUUAGAGACACUGUUCAAGAUAAAGCGUUGAUUGUUUCAAAGAAUAAUAAAUCACCCAUUAUUAUGCUUGCGGGACCACCAGGAACAGGAAAAACGUCCUUGGCUAAAUCAAUUGCGAAAUCUUUGGGGCGGAAAUAUCAGAGGAUAUCUUUGGGUGGCGUAAAAGAUGAAUCUGAAAUCAGAGGCCAUAGAAGAACUUAUGUCGGAGCAAUGCCUGGUGUGAUUGUCCAAGCGUUAAGAAAGUCUGGUUCUAUGAAUCCAGUUAUAUUGUUAGAUGAAAUUGACAAAGUCAUUGGAGGUUCUCAUAUGGCGAAUAAAUUUAAUGGCGAUCCUUCUGCAGCUUUAUUAGAGGUCUUGGAUCCGGAGCAAAAUACCAAUUUUACGGACCACUAUUUGGGUUUUCCUGUUGACUUGUCGCAAGUGAUCUUCAUAUGCACAGCUAAUGAACCUCACAAUAUGUCCAAGCCCCUAUUAGAUAGAUUAGAAAUGAUCGAGGUGGGUGCGUAUGACUACAAAGAGAAGUUGAUAAUAGGAAGUAGGUACUUGUUGCCUAGACAGAUAAAAAGAAAUGGGCUACCUUCAUUGGAUUUAGUUCAAAUUAGGGAAAGUGUUAUGAAGAAAAUCAUAAUUGAUUAUACAAGAGAAGCUGGUGUAAGAGGGUUUGAGAGAAAGUUAGGCACAGUCUGCCGAUAUAAGGCAGUUGAAUAUGCUCAAGGAUUGGAAGAAGCAAAAGCAGAUUCAUAUAAUGCAAUUGUUGAAGAAUAUGAUCUUCCCAAAUAUUUAGGUAUUCCCUUUCCAAGCAUGUCAUCUGAAAUUAUAGAAUCACCAUUAAAAUCCUCGAAGUACGGGGUUGUGAAUGGCUUGUCCUAUAAUUCUGAAGGUUCGGGCUCUGUCUUGGUUUUCGAAAGCGUUGGAUUUUCUCACGAGUCUAGUAAGGGCUCUCUCAACAUGACCGGGAGACUAGGAGAAGUUCUCAUGGAAAGCGCAAAAAUUGGACUUACUUUUAUUAAACUGAUAAUUUUCAGAGAUCUUUUAAAUGUCAGUACCGAGCACGGAUGCUUAAUUGAAAGAUUUAAUAACUUGGAGAUACAUUUGCAUGUUCCACUGGGUUCUAUAUCUAAAGAUGGACCUUCGGCAGGUAUCACGAUGGCGCUCCUGUUUUUGUCUCUUAUUCUUGAGCGUCCGGUACCGUAUGAUAUUGCCAUGACCGGUGAAAUCACUCUUAGGGGAUUGGUUUUACCAAUUGGUGGUCUCAAGGAAAAGCUUUUGGGUGCUCAUUUAUCCGGAAUCAAGAGAGUUAUCGCUCCCAGAGAAAACAGGAAAGACUUAAUCGAAGAAUACGUAAAGAAUAUCAAUGAUGAUACUAGACUCAACCAACUUCUCAAAGAUAACGAGAAUAAGUAUGACUAUAGGAUGAAGGAUCCUGAAAGACAUAUAGAGCAACGCUAUGGUAUCAAGAUGUAUUAUGCUACUGAGUUUUGGGAUGUCAUUAAGGUUGUAUGGGGCGACGAUAUGCUUGUUAAAGUCGACCAAUCAAGAAUGCUUGAGUACCAUUUUUAG